AUGCUGGACGUGAUAGCGUCACGCUUCUACACAACACCGUUAACCACACCGCCUACAAAGCCGGACGCCACGCCGACUCAACGCAGGUAUCAUUACCUCGAUCAUCGACCGCCUGCAGGUGUACCAGAGAAGGCAACUCUUCUCCUGCUACAUGGUUUUCCUGACUUUUCCUAUGGCUGGAGGAGUGUUAUCGCUCCUCUCAAACUAGCAGGCUUCCGACUGAUCAUCCCGGAUCUGUUGGGCUACGGUCUCAGCUCGGCACCACCCACGUCAGCUGCUACAGCAGCUCCCGGCACUGAACCACGACUUGCCGAGUACGGAGGCCGAGCCAUCUCGAUCGACCUGAACGGACUUCUGGAUGAUGCUAAAGCAGCGAAAGGAUCAGAAUACGGAGCAGAGCAUGUAACCUCUGACGGCAAGAAGGGUCGUGUCAUUGUACUGUGCCAUGACUGGGGAUCGUGGCUAGGCUGGCGGUUCGCACAAUGGUAUCCAGACCGAGUAAUGGGUGUUUGCGGUCUUUGUGUACCUUUUCAGGCACCAACAUCAAAGGUGAUUCCCAUCGACAUGGUUCUGCAGAACGUUCCCAGCUUCGGGUACCAAAAGUUCUUUUCUGAGGAGCGAAGCACCAAGAUCGUCGAACAGCAUCUGGAUCGGUUCCUGGCCAUCAUCUACAUGAUCCCCGGUCUAUUCAGCGCAGACUCUUCGAACGAAGAAGAGAUUCGUGACUGGCACUUGCUUGGCAAGCUGGAGAAACUCAUCACGAUGCCAGAGUUCUCCGACAUUCCACUCAAGUAUCUUGGCCGUACGAUCCUGGACAAGGACGAUCUGGACAAGUACAUUUCGGUCUUCAGGAGCAGAGGAAUGGAAGGACCUUUGAGCUGGUACCGAACACGCGAGAUCAACUGGCAGGAAGACCGCGAACUGACAAGCAAGACGCUGCCAGAAUCGCUGCCGGCGAUGCUGAUCAUGCCAAAGGAUGAUGUAGCCGUUCCGCCGGCGCUGGGCAAGAUGAUGAAGAAGCACGUGCCACAGACCGAGUUUGUCGAAGUUGCCAACAGUGGCCACUGGGUCCAGAACGAAGUGCCUGGUGUUGUGGUGCAGACGUUUAAGCAGUGGAUAGAGCGCAGUGUGUUUCCGAACGAGAAGAAAGGCAGCGGCAUGCUCGGGUGGCUGCGCAGCAAGCUGUAG